AUGACAGUCUACCAAGAUCCAGGGCACUUUUGUCAUGCCAGAUGGCAGCAAUGGGUUCUAACGCCAUUCUGGAUACUCCAGUUUACCAUGCUGUUGAGUAUGUCGGGAAUUUUCAUCUUCCGCCUCAUCGAGACGUCCAACCAACCAAUGGUCAAAGGCAAGACCCAAGACGAUUUGAUACUGCAGCAUGUAUGGGAGGCGACGAAUGUGGCGUUUCCAUUAAUUGCGGCCGCACUGACGGGCGCCGAGGUCUUCAGGUUCUUCUACCAGAAUAUAACCCCGUCCUGGAUGGUGCUCUCCCACAUCCUCAAAACUUUUUUCGCCAGUAUCGUCUUGGCUCUCGAUGUGACAGUCUAUGUCAAGAGGGUUAAAGACCCCUACGUUACUCCGGGUUUGGCAAUCGGUUGUGCUUUGGUGCUUAUCACAUGCGUACCGGCUGUCUACGUCACUGUGGUUUACCGUCGACUUAUGAAGCACGAGUACCACCACCCAGGUUGUCAAGGUCUCAAGAAGCCCAACCUUUCUGGUAGGAAGGAAGGCGACAAAGCGCCAUCAUUAAGUCUGACCACACCCUUGAGCGACAGUGGAUCACUGGGGCAAGUUGACAAGAUGGGUGGGUACUUGACCACUGAGACCGGGGACGACAUGGUCAAGAAGGAGGAAGCUGGCCCAGGCAUCCAACGUAGCCGGACAAUAAGGCUCUCGCUCGCCAGCUUCAAGUCCCUCAAGCGAUCCAAGACUAUUUCUAGUCGCAAGGCUCCGUCUAGUCCAGCACCCUACGAUGUUGUCGACCCAGAGAGCACGGAUACCAACCACUGGACCGCGCCUGUCGAUGUACCGCUCGAGAAGUACACGCACGAGCGAUGCACGGCUUUUGACGAAUUCAUACAGCGGAGACUGUCAGGCGAGGACAUGGACAAGCCUGACGGUAGCUGGAUGGGAGGCGCCAUCGGCUCAUAUCGGCCUCGGCCCUCAAAUCUGGAUUUCUCCUCGGCAAGCAGGAGAUCCAGUAGUGGCUACUCUGUCAGCAGCUCACUCCACUCUCCUCUGGGACUUCCAAGGGCGCCUCUCCCCAUGCCGACGGCACUGAUGGGUAGCAGUUCAAGGAUAACGAGCCGGAGCAGCCACGUCGGCGUGCUGGGAUCGGUCCCGGAGACGGCUGAACCCAACGGAGAGCCCAAUGCACAGCAGCAAAGGCACUUCAGCAUGGGCAGGUUACGAAGUAUGGCCCCAGACCCUUCGUGGGCCACCGAACCGAUAAGGAGGGUCACAAUUGCUGGCACGGGUGCACGAUAUAGCAAAUUUGAGCCGAUGCAAGGCGAAUGGCCGCUCCGCGCCGAUUCCGACGUCUGGGUACCAGCUUCAGCGUUCGAACUCGAAUCUCAGCCCCUUCAUCACAAGGACGGGUCGUCAUGA